AUGAUAGAGAACCGGACCCCCUCCAGCAUGUCAGGAGUCCUUAGGAAUUCAGGGCACGGUCACCACCCCGCCCAGGACUACAGACUCUUGGCAUCUGACCCCUCCCAGCUGAGUGAAGAUGACCUCCCUGGUGACUUGCAGUCCUUGUCGUGGCUGACGUCUGUAGAUGUUCCUCGGUUACAGCAGAUGGCCAGUGGGAGGAUGGAUUUUAGCCUUGGUGCCCAGAACACGAUGCUGCCACAGACAGGUCCUGUCACCAGCAACAUCCACUCAGCAGGAGCACCUGGAGCGAUGAUUCAUGUCCAGGCCAGCCUGCCACAGGCCGUCCUGGGACUCAACUCCAUUUCAACACACGGAGCAAACCUGAGCCAGUACGCUGUAGGUGGGCAGCCAUCUCCCAGUUUACAAACACAGCAACAACUCUUUCCUCCUCCUCCUCAUUCGCAGCAAGUGUUCGCCCUGGCACAGAACACGCCGCAGGUACUGUUAUUUGCUUGUUGUAACCCGGCAGCGAUCUACAACGCGCCCUACGGGCCUCAGCCACACUAUCCUCAGCCACGGCUGGCUCCUCACUCUGCCCAGGAGCUGCACCCCAAGCAUUACCCCAAGCCCAUCUAUUCCUACAGUUGUCUGAUUGCGAUGGCGCUGAAGAACAGCAAAACAGGCAGCCUCCCGGUGAGCGAGAUCUACAGCUUCAUGAAGGAGCACUUCCCCUACUUCAAGACAGCCCCUGAUGGCUGGAAGAACUCCGUGCGCCACAACCUGUCCCUGAACAAGUGCUUUGAGAAGGUGGAGAACAAGAUGAGCGGCACCUCGCGCAAAGGGUGCCUCUGGGCUCUCAACCCCGCCAAGAUCGACAAGAUGGAAGAGGAGAUGCAGAAGUGGAAGCGGAAGGACCUGGCUGCUAUUCACAGGAGCAUGGCUAACCCAGAGGAGCUGGACAAGCUGAUCACUGACAGACCCGAGAGCUGCAGGAGACCCAGCAAACAGGCAGAGCCCGAGGUCCCCACCCUGACCCACAUGGCAGCGGCCCAGGGCCGCAUCUCCAUCUCCCAGCUGCAGCCUCAGCCCAUCAUGACGCUCUCGCUGCAGUCCCUCCCCCUGCACCACCACCAGAUCCAGACCCAGGCUCGCAUCGCCCCGGACUCACCCGCGCCCGCACAAACGCCUCCUCUCCACACUCUGCCCGACAUGAGCCACAGCCCCCUGCCCCACCACCCCCUGGGACGCGCCCCUCCCGACUUCCUCAACAUGACGGCGGACAUGAACACCGAGGUGGAUGCUCUUGACCCCAGCAUUAUGGAUUUUGCAUUGCAAGGUAACAUAUGGGAGGAAAUGAAAGACGAGAGCUUCAGCCUCGAUGCCCUGGGUGCCUUCAGCAACUCCCCACUCCACCUCUCAGACUGUGACCUGGGCACCCCCGGCCUCACCCCCGUCUCCAGCGGCAGCGACCACUCCUUCUCAGACUUGCAGGUCACCGGCCUUUACACCACCUACACCACCCUGGACAACGUGGCAGCAGCUCAGUACAUGAACCCCCAGGGCAACAAACCCAUCCCUCUGCUCUGAGCUUUGCACCCUUCCAUGGACCUCUCUGACUCCGGGACCGGUUUCUCCCGACCGUUAAAAUCCAACCCAACAGCAAGAGAAGAGCUCCUCCUGCAGACGCUUGGGACACCUCGGCUUUCUACUGGGAUGCAGCAGGUGAUGCCAAAAUAAGUCCAACUGUUUCUAGUGGAACCUC